AUGGAUGGUCAAAAUGGAUGGAAUGGUAAAAAUGAUGAUGGUUUGAUGUAUAAGCAUCAAAAUCGCCAUUAUCAUGGUCAAUUGUUUACUUCACCAGACUCAUCAUCAUCUAAAGAUCCUUUGUUGGCCAACGACCAUCUUUCUGGUUAUUAUGUUAAUCACUAUGAAUCUGGAAAUAUUGAUAAUCCCAAUUAUAAACAUAAAAGUAACUUGCAUGUUGAUGAUAGAGUGUAUAAUGUAAAGGUAGACGUUGAUGGCGCUGCUGUAGCUGUUUCGGUUGGAAAGCACGGUUUUUCAAACCUAACAGUUGAAACUUCAACAGUUUGCAAGGGAAAUCUAAGCAGACAACCUGUUAAUGGUAAAAUAUUUAUUCAACUUUCUACUGUUAACAACUGUAAUAACAACAACAGUAACAAGUGUAAUAACCGGUUAAAUAGUGAAUCCACCAAGUCUCCCAAUGACAAUCAAUUGAAUAAGUGUAAGAUCAACUGUAAUUUUAUUUGUCACUCUAACAACAACAAAUUUUGCUCUCGUCAAAACUGUUGCUGUUGUUGUCCUUAUCAACAGACAUCUCCAGUGGUCGACUUGGAUCGUACUUUACAUUACUGUCAAAUGGCUCCAAAUCGACGCUCUAUUCCUACCUCAUUAUCUCUUUCUGAUUCAUCUGAUCCAGAAACUUGGGGUUCCUCGCCAAUCACAAGUAUUAAAGUUAAAACAACUUUAGAAUCAAAUGGAUUAGAAAAAAGUGAAACUCAAGGAUCUAAAGUUAGCGACUGCAAAGGGCUCCAUUACAGCCAGUUAAACAAUAGUAACUAUGUUAACAAGAUCAAUGUCAACACUAAUGGUGUUCACAAUGUUGGAAAAGAUAAAAUGAAUAAUUGUGUAAACGUUUCAUCAUCUUGUUCACCAUCAACUUCAGUGAAAAACCAUAACCAUCUUCACCAUAAUAAUCAUCAUGUUAAUAAAAAUAAUACCAGUCAUCAUCCUUGUAGAAAUUGGCCUAAAAUUGAUUUGAUAAGUUCAAUUGAUCCAUUUGAAUCAACUGAUUCCAUGAUUUCAGCUUUUGCUUGUGUUGCACAUGUGAUUAAUAGUGAUUCAGCAAAUGAAGAAGACCAAAUGGAUGGAGAUAAUGAGAUUAUUGGUAUUGAUGAUGACGAUUCUGAAACUGAACAAGUAAACGAAGAUGAUGAUGGAUCAUACGAUUCCUCCAAUCAUCCUAAUUCAUUAGAAUCACCGGAAAAUUACCAUCCAAUUCACAAGCCACAAUUACUUGGUUUCACUAACAAAACUUGCAUUCCUAGUAAUGGCAAUAGCAAUAAUAAUCGUAAAUUCAAUGGAAACUGUUCAUCUAAUGAUAGAUUCUCCAAUAAAUCUGGUCAGGUAAAUGUGAUCAAACCUUUACCGCCUCCAUUAUCAACUAUACCUCGGCCAACACAACAACCACCUCCACCACCAACUUCAACAUCACUAUCAUCGACAGCCUCAACAUUGGUUCCUAAAAUUCAGCAAAACUCAUCUAAACCAAAUGUUCCUGUUUCAGUUACUAAACCAAUAACUGCAAAAGAUCAUCUUUAUGAAACAAUUUACCCUUCCAAUAUUCGUCUUACCAGAGACUCGAGAUAUUUUGUCGAUUAUCAAAAUUACAAUUCAAUCUUGAGCCAACCUGUUGAUCUGAUUUCACCAUUGGACUCUUCUAAACGUGUCUCUAAUGGAAAUGGCAACAGCGCUGACAGCAAUAACGAUUUAAGUGACAUUAGUCAAAAUUCAUCCACCAAUAGUCCAAUCAAUAGUAAAGUAAACAUGGUUCGACGGCCAACUUAUACAUCAUCGUUUGCUGGUAAUAGUAAUUACAAAAAUGGUCGUUUGUCAACCUCAUCGACAUCAUCAAGUCUCAAUCAGAAGCAAAAAAAUUACCAUCAAGUCCAACGGUCAACCUUGCAACCGUACAACCAUCAAAAUCAUCUUCCUGGUCUUAAUUCAAGCUCAUUGUGUAAACCAUCACUUUCAUCUUCUUCAUCAUUAUUAUCACCUCCUUUAUAUACCUCACCUUCAGAAACAAAUCAAGGUAAUCAACGAUUGUUGAAAAAAUCGGAUUCCAUUCAUCAAAACCAUUUAGCAUCAUCAAAUUCAUCAUCAACACCAAUCAAUAGACCAACUUUUUUACCAUUCAACAAACCAGUUAGCUUUCCAUCAGAAUCUUAUGAUCAAGUAGACAAUAAAAUCAAUAAUAAACCUUCACCAAUAAUUAACGAAAUUAACGUUAAUGGUAAUUCAUCUGCAACAUUACCCAAUGAGAAUGAUAAAAAUGCCUCCAAUCAAGUGACUGCCAAAAACGCAAAAGCUAGCGAUCUUAAACCUGAUCAAGUUUACCCAAACCCAAUCACAAUGCCGAUCAUAUCCAGAGCCAAUGUAAGGUCGACAGAGGAAUAUGCAACAGUUAAUAAAACACGAUCAAUUAAAUCACUGAAAAGUGCUACUUUAACACCAUCAACUCCAAUCAGUUACAAUGAUGAAAUUAAAUUAUUAUCCAAAGAUGAUUCAAUUCUUAACACAAAAUCAAAAGCAAAUGAAUCCAAUGGAUCCCCAAUGUCAUUAUCAUCAUCAACCAGUUCACCAUUGGUAUCACUAUUAACUCCAUCAUUGGAAAAUACUAGUUUUACAGAUUCAAAGGUUCGAGGUGGAACAAAAUCCAAGCAUAAAGAUAAAUCACCAUCAAAUCUAUCACCUUCACCGUCAUCAACAACAUCGUCAUCAUCUCGAUCCUUUUUAUCAAAAUUUUUCUCUUUAACUCAUGUAAUUUCCAGAACAUUUAGCGUUGAAAAGAUUGAUAAACAUCGACAGACUAACAUUCAAGGUAAAGGUACCUUAAUUAAAUCUGCUGUCUCCACACCAGCCUUAUCAUCAGCAAGACCUUUUAAUGAUCUCAAUGGUAAUAAUCAAGUUACCAAUCAGUUUAAUUCAACUCGCACCCUAAUUGAAUCCGGUUGUACAAUCAAUAAUCAAGAAAAUGUUGAACCUGUUUCCCUACCAAUUCAGUCAUCAGGAUCAAAAUCCUUGCAAACAAAGUCAUCGUCAUCAUCAUCCUUCGUCCGAGCCUUUAAGAAUAGGUUAAGCCUUCGACGAAGCAAGCGUAAGGUUAAAGUUAAGGUGGACGUUACUCGAACCAAAUCAGAUCCAAGAGGAUCCAAAGUCAAUCGAUAUGAAGAUGAUAAGAUGUUGCCUAAACAAUCAAUGAAAGAAGAAACAGUUUUCGGUUCAAUUGUAUCAACGCCGGGUGAUUACAUGAAAAUUGUUGAAAUUCAUCGGCCUCAGGGUAAACCUUUUGGCUUUUUUGUUGCUCGAGGAACUGUAAAUAAUAUUAAAGGUAUUUUCAUCUCAAGGAUUGACUCUAAUGGGGAAAAGGUGUACCAAGGAUUGCUCGAGAUUGGUGAUCGAUUGAUUGAAAUUGAUGGCAUCGAUGUGACCGAGGCUUCAGUUAUUCAAGUUAACCAACUCAUGUCCAACAAAACUAAAUUAACCCUCAAGAUUGUUCCAUUCACAGCUUUAAAUAAUAAACCAUGAUACUUGGUUGUAAAACUUUAAUUGCACCGAGUUAUGGGAAGCUGUUUAAAAAUGAUUAGAUUGUCUUAUUGUUGCCAGCUUGGUUAAACUAAUAUUUAUAGUAUUUCAUGUUAUCGUCUAUUAGCGUCACUGGCUAUUUUUUACUUGGAAACAUUGAUCGUUGAACUUUUGUGAAUUUCAAAGUGUUGUGUAUAGAUUUAAGUUUCAUGGUUGUCGUAUUGAACACCAAAAUGUAUUAAUCUUAUUGUAAUUUAAAUUUGUUCCCUCUAUUUACCCAAACUUUAUAUCAACUAUUUACCUGAGAUAGUUUCAAAGUGAUCUUAAGAUGGGCAUUGUUUUAAUUAUAAUUGAGUGUAAAUAGACAUUACUAAAUUUAAUUAUUUUUGUUGACAUUAAAGAAUCACUUAAGAUAUUAAAAGUAA